UAGGCCUAAGUUCUAAGACUGAGAACAGAGAGGCUCUCAAGGCAAGCAGCCUUCGAGUAAAUGAGGUGGGUGAUGGUAGGAGUUAUCCUGAGACCCCAUUUCAAGUAGGCACUUUCCUACCUGGGAGUGGCUGCCUUGAGCCCGGGGAGAGAGUCACCACCUGUCACAGGACCCACGUGCUGUCAGGAGGCAGGUCCUCUCAUGCCCAGGCCCUGUCUCACAGCUGAAGCACAGCCCAGGCCAGGAUAAAAGGACUUAGGACCAGAGCACCCCAUCCACACACCUCCUGAGGUGCUGAAGAGCCCUGUGCUACGUGUGACUCCGCUCCUGAACACCCACCGCCAAGAUGUCCUGCCAGCAGAGCCAGCAGCAGUGCCAGCCCCCUCCCAAGUGCACCCCCAAGUGCCCCGCCCCUAAGUGCCCCCCAAAGUGCCCCCCUAAGUGCCCUCCAGUGUCUUCCUGCUGCAGUGUCAGCUCUGGGGGCUGCUGUGGCUCCAGCUCUGGGGGCUCCUGCAGUUCCGGGGGAGGUGGCUGCUGCCUGAGCCACCACAGGCGCCGCAGGUCCCACCGCCACAGACCCCAGAGCUCUGACUGCUGCAGCCAGCCCUCGGGGGGCUCCAGCUGCUGCGGAGGGGGCUCCAGCUGCUGCGGAGGGGGCUCCAGCUGCUGCGGAGGGGGCUCCAGCUGCUGCGGAGGGGGCUCCAGCUGCUGUGGGGGGGGCAGCGGCCAGCACUCUGGAGGCUGCUGCUGAAGCGAACCUUGACUUCCUCUUUCUUCUGAGCCUGCCUAAGGGCUGAGAGUUUCCAGCAGAAGCUUGAAGUCUUGCCUGGAGUAUCCCUCUGGUCUGAUAUCAGGAAGCCCAAAAUCUUUCUCCUUAAUGGCAUUUAGAGACUUCCUUCUGCAUAUCCAUGGCUGCCCUGGGAACUCCAAAGCACACACCUAGUUCCACCGCAGCUCGUGCUGCUGUAUUCUGCUGCCUGAACUGAAGAAAUAAAAUCCAGAAUCUGCUCCCCAA